AUGCCAUCGUCCCCGCCCGCGCACCCGGCGCCCUCAGUCCACCCGCUCCUCCUCCUGUCCCGGCACAGCGGCCUGUACGGUCCUCUGCGUGCGCUCUUCCAAGUGCUGCACUGCCCGCCCGUGCGCUCGCAGCGCCUCCGCCCGCCGCGCUCCGAGAUCGACAGUCCGCGAGACUGGUCUUCUCGCGCGCCCUCACUGCCGCGGGAUGUCACUGCGGAUCUCUGCCCGCGGAGCGCGCGUCGCUAG